GAAGCUGUGCGCGUUCCUUUUGCUGGAUGCCGAGGGCUCUGAGAUUAGCUUGGAGCCCUUCGACCACCAGAUUCACAAGCCCGUUUCCCUGGAUCUGCCAUCGAACCGCCUCGUGCUCUUCCGGGAGGACUUUUUCGCCUACUCCUACACGGCGAAGGGAACGGGCAGCGCGCUGCAGACGCACAUGAUGACUGAGUCGGUGGUACCCAACUCCCGCGAGAAGACGGUGGUCACCGUGCCGACCCAGCUAAUGAACGAUAGCCAGGCGAUGAUCAGGUCCAUGGCUUGCCACUACCCCGGCGAUGCCCGGCACCAGGAGUCGUACUGGCUGGUCGCAUUAGGCGGUGCGGACGGAUUGGUGAAGGUGCCUGUGACCCGCUGGGAUGCGACCGAGUACUUCUCAGCUGAUGAGAAGGAGGGUUUCACCUAUGCCAUCCACGGCGGCUUUUGCGCCGACGAGGAUGUCAUCAUGUUCGACAACGCCUUCUUUGGCCUGUCCGAGGAGGAG